AUGGCGGAGAGGCCAAUAGCUCCGGCUAUUGGGCCUUCUACCACUGUGGAGCAAAGGAGGCGGAUAGGGAGAGAAGGUGAAGAGAAGAGUUCUUUUAUUUCCACAACCCAAGGUGGAGGAUCUCAUGCUGCUGUUCCCAAAGGUCACGUUGAUGUAAACGUGCUCAAUAGUGGUUUGUUCGUUUUCAGACUUAACGUUGAGGAGGAUCGACUAAAAGUUCUUGAGGGAGGACUUUGGUUUGUCCAGAAAAAGCCUUUCAUUAUCUGGCCUUGGAGUCCAUGCGCUUCUCUUGAUAAGAUUAAUCUUUGUUCUUUUACUUUUUGGAUAAAUUUAGCAAAUCUCCCAUUUCAUUAUUGGAGUUCUGAAUCAUUGAGUAGAAUUAGGAGUGUGAUAGGGAAGUCCCUUGUUACAGAUAAGAGAACGAUGACAAAGGAGAGGCUGUCAUUUGCAUGCUUAUGUGUGGAGGUAAAUGCCGGAGAUGAGUUGCCGAGUUCAGUAUCUGUGUAUGAUGAUGAGGGGAUUGUCUUCAUGCAACAUGUCCUUUAUGAUUGGAGACCUUCUAGUUGUAGCAAUUGUAAGAUCUUUGGUCACUCUUCUAGUCAGUGUGCAAGCCUUGGAGGUGAAAUUAAUGGUGAUUUGGAAACUCAUAAUACCAAAAAGGCACAGAGAGAAUGGAGACCUGAGCAAUCUGAUCCGGUGGAUUCGGUGGCUGAGGAUGAUACUCAGGCCAUCGCAGAUGGUGGAAUUGGUCAAAUUGUUCUCUACAAUCCUGGUCCAACCAAUCUGAAUGCAACCCAACAAGGCAACAAUCAUUCAAAUUUCAAAAACAACAAUGCUAGGGCGGUGAAGGGAAAUUAA